GGCGGGGCGGGGGCGGGGCCCGAGCCCGCGAACAUGGCGAAGACCUACGACUACCUGUUCAAGCUGCUGCUGAUCGGGGACUCGGGCGUGGGCAAGACCUGCGCGCUCUUCCGCUUCUCCGAGGACGCCUUCAACGCCACCUUCAUCUCCACCAUCGGUAUUGACUUUAAAAUUAGGACGAUAGAGCUCGAUGGCAAGAGAAUCAAACUGCAGAUCUGGGACACGGCCGGGCAGGAGCGAUUCCGGACCAUCACCACCGCCUACUACAGGGGAGCCAUGGGCAUCAUGUUAGUGUACGACAUCACCAAUGAAAAGUCUUUUGAAAAUAUUCGGAACUGGGUCAGGAAUAUUGAAGAGCACGCGUCUCCAGACGUUGAAAAAAUGAUCCUGGGCAACAAAUGUGACGCAAACGACAAAAGACAAGUUUCUAGAGAGCAAGGGGAGAAGCUCGCUGCAAGCUUUGGGAUUAAAUUCAUGGAGACCAGUGCAAAAGCAAAUAUAAACAUAGAGAAUGCAUUUUUCACUCUUGCAAGAGAUAUCAAAGCAAAAAUGGACAAGAAGUUGGAAGGCAAUAGCCCACAAGGCAGCAACCAGGGAGUCAAAAUCACACCAGACCAGCAAAAGAAAAGCAGCUUUUUCCGAUGUGUUCUUCUGUGAGGGACACGGCCUUAACCUGAGCUGGACUGUGCCUGUGCUGAGUGAGGUUUCCUCUGUCUGUGGACUUAGUGCUCCCAACAAACCUUGUCUGGUCACAAGAAACCCUGUGACCAUCUGAAUAAGAAAUGGUUUAUUUUGGUAAUUGUUUGACUCUUCAGUUUUGGAGAUGAAACAAGUGUAUUUUUGCCAGCUCGCCGCCGGGCGCGUGUGCUGUGUGCAGAGGGGGAACAGAUCCCACGUGGCCCGGGGAUGCAGCACCUUUGCUGCCAGACUGCAACCUUUGUGUCCAUAACUCUCAUGUAUCCAGUGGAGAAGGAUGAAGUUAUGAUCAAAACAAGACCCAGAAAUGCCCAUGUGAAUAAAGUCCAGGUGUGUGUACAUGGUACAUGUGCAUAUCCAGGCUGGAGCUGCACAAGGAACGGUGGCAUCAGACCAUCCCAGAAAUGCCCCCGGGGGAGCAGUGCAGGCUGGGGCUUUCUCAGGAGGUAGGAGGGAGCUUUCUGCAGCUCCACCUCUUUGCUACUGCAGAGAAGCUCCUUUGCCUGUCACUUACUCAGUUGUGUUACUCUUGACAAUCCACAAGUACAAUUGACGUUUAAAAAAAAAUCCUCCUCAAAGGAAUCUCUAUUUUUUUAAAAAGCCAAAGUGAUGUAAAUAUAAUGGAUCCUUACCAUCAGGAAUUUAUCCACAUUAGACUUGAUUGAUUAAUUAAGUACUCCAGAUGUUUAGAUGUGUUUGACAGGAGCUGAUGGCUGCAGCGAGUCCUGGGCAGGUGAUCUGUCAUCUGUUCUUGGAGAACCAGGUCAGGGUCAGGCAGGGACACUUACACCAAAUUUGUCACCUUACAAUGGGCAACUUUUCCACUCUCCAGCUGGGAAUGACCCCAGAUCUGUCAUGAAGUAGUAACUAGUUUGAAGUAGUGACCAGGAGCUGCCACACUGCUCCCCGUGGUGUGUUCCCAUGCACACUCGCUCACAUAUGCAAACAAAUGCUGCACAUCCCCUUUCCAAACACAGACUCCUUCCCACUGACCUUGCCUUGCUGGGUGUCCCAGUGCAGAUGUCAGGUAGCAACAACCCCUGUCACUGCAAACGACACCAGUCCUCCCAGGAACAGGCUGGGAACUCAUUCCCACCAACCCAUCCAUGACAUGGCUGUGUGUGAAAUGCAGGAGCCACGUUCAGCCCCUGCCAGGCCGGGGGCUGCAGCUCUGAGCUCAGUUCUCCUGCCUAAAGGAGCCAGUGAGAGCAUCUGCUGCUGAGUAUUGCAGUGAUGGUGUGUUUGAUCCCAGCAAACUCCCAGCUGUGUCCUGCAGCUCACUGGGGCUGUAACAUGCUUCGUUUACAUUGACAACUGCACUUAAGGGUAGAAUUGAAGUUGAUUUUAAAGUUGUUGAAUUUACUCACCGGUUUUGUUUUCUUCCAAGUUUGUGGUGGUAAUCUCUGGCCUCAGAGUAGCACUGGUAAGUGUUACUGUAGUUAAAGAUCUAUCAUAAUUACAGAUCUGUUCAUAAUUAACAUUAUAAAUCUGCAGCCUGCUACUGGGUUCAACAGGAAUGCUGCCUGUUCCUCUGAAAUGGAAAAAGGAUAUUUCACUGUGUACGUUACUGGUUUAUAAAAAUGCAUUUUAGAUUCUACCAACCUUUUUUUAAUAGCAGAUUGCAACAAGCUCUGUCAUGAUUAAAGCUUUCCUCUAACCAGGACCUUAUGAGGGUUUGGUUUUUUUGUUUACUUGUGGCUUUUUAGCAGCAGGACUUGGUGAUUGUGCACCGUAGUGGAUUUACACACAGAUGUAUUUGUAGGAUAAAAUCACUGAAGCCUCACUGAAGAGGCUUCCACUGUGGUUCAGAGUGUAGUUAACCCAGAGCUGUAGCUUGGACGAGCAGCAUCUCUGUCUUGAGAUAAGGAUGGUUUUAAAGAGAGAGUUUGUGCUUCAAGAAAUGAUUGAGGCAGAACUGGGGAGGUGAUAAGGCAUGGUCUGAGUGCUGUUUUCUCCACAAAACUGAUCAGUGUCAUGAUUUGCUUCUGGCUCAGCAGUAACUGUGGAUUGUCUCACAUCCAUAUUCUGCUUUAUACAGCCAGAUGUUGAGCCAGACUUAUUUUUCAAGGUGACUGGAAAAAUAAGUGGUUUAUCUAACUUGACACCACAGGUCUGCCUGUGGACAGUAUCAAUAACUCAUCUCAAGCUGGGGAAAGCAAACCAUGUUCAUUUACAAGUGGGUAAAACUUGAAGGACGGAAUUGUGAUUUUUUUCACUCAUUUUCUAAAUCUCAAGUUACUCUUUUGCAUUCAGAACUCUUUGUGAAUACCUUCUGUUUGAACUUAUGCUGGUUGUUGCACAUGUUUAUGUACCUGAUUAGAGUGUGAUUUCCUUUGAAAUGGUUGGUUUUACUCAAUGAACAAGUACAUUUUUGCCUGAUCUCAGGAAGUUUCAUGCAGUUACUGUGACUACAGCCAUCACUAUCCUUCUGGGUAUGCAGGCUCUACCCAGGCAUUAAGUCUGUGUAAGCAAUAUGAAACCUAAAAUGCAAAUGUAAGAGAGGAAAAGGUUAAAGACACUGCACUGCACCUGUGCUUGGCUCUGUGUCACUAAAUACAGGCAUCAAAUCUUGGAGAAGUACCAUAUCUAGUUGAUGUUUCCAUCACAUCAUUCAGUUACUGUGUUUAUUAAGUAUGAGUGUUAUGGAAAACACAAGUAUCAGAGAGGUACUGGGGAAAUACAUUCAGUAAUGUAUCUAAGCUUUCUUUAACUAAGGAGGAAAAAAUCUGAAAUUGGGUACAAAAUCUGUAAAACUGAGGAAUUUAGGUAGAUCUGCAAAACCAACUGUGCACACUACACAUUCUCAGUGUCUGAAUACCAUUAAAAUGUCAGGUAAUGGAUUAACAAUUGGUUUGUAGAGAAACAAGCCCAUUUUUGAGCACGUUCUCAAAUUCCCUUACUUUAAUGAGUAUCAUGGAAUUCUGUGGUUGCCCUUAUUUUCCAGGCUGGUUGCAAUAUUUGGGAUGGUCCUCACCCUUUUGGGUGCAGAGCUGUCAGUGGGUCAGUAACUGGUGGAACUGCUGUUCUAACACUGAUUUAACACCCAUGUUGUGUGUGUCCUGUGCUGAUGGGCACAGCUCAUGUUCCCUGACAUCAGAGCCUUAUGCCAGCGUCAGAAUUCCAGCCUCAGAUUUAUAAAUCCUAUGGAUUAUUGUAAGUCUCUUUACUGCUGCUGAAAAUUCUUUGGUCUCUCCUUUCAUGUGAGAUGCUGAUCAUCCCCCUGACGAUUGCUGAGGGGUUGUUGUGGGGGUGUCCCUGGCUCAAAACUGCCCUGAUUUUGUGUUUUCUUGGACUUGUUUGUGCCAGGGGAGAAAGGAACAAACAGCUGUGUGAGGAUGGGCUCCUUUGUUCUAGAAGUUAUAGGGCUGAGGGAAGAAUGAUGACUUGUGUCUUCAGUUCUAGUUUAAACUAAAGAUCUGCUCAGUGGAAUGUGGAUGGGAGCUGCAGUCUGAGUGUUCCAGCUGCCUCGUUCCCUGGCCCAUCUCCCACUGAGCCCUGGAGUUUCUGUGGUUGAUAAAGUUUAGCAGCUGGAAAGAGCAGCUUUCCAGCCUUUCUGCAGGAAAAGUGUGCUCUGCCUGGAGCGUGAGUUGGGACUUACGACUUCCUUUUGAAGGGAACUUAAUGCAUCCCAAAAAUCUGUAAAAAGAACUGUAAAUUGUGUUUUUAGAAUGACCACUUUUGGCUGCCACCCUUCCCACGUUACAACUGCUUUCUUAAACACUUCCCAUUGAUUUUCAUGUUUGUAUUAAAACUGUUGUUUAUUACAGGAUGUCUGUUUUUACUCUGUUGUACAGGACCCUGAGCACUGCAUAAAUAAACUUCUUAUGAAAAGAGAAUUUUACAAA